AUGAGUACAGUGUCUGCAAGUGCGGCAGCAGUGCCGGCAACCAAGGUGGGGACAGCGGAUGUGGCAUCAAAGAGGAAUGAGGUUGAUUCUGUGAUUAUGAUACCCAGACCGAGUUCGAAGACUCAAUUAGAACAGCUGAUUUACAGAUACAGGGCGAUACUGGAAAGUAAGCGGGAGAAUAAGUUGGAGAUCGAGGCUAUUGAACGAGUUUUAGGGGAGGUCUCCGCGGAUCAUGACGUGUAUCUGGAGCGUCUUGAACAGUUGAGGAGCAACGCCAAACAGGAGGUGUGUUACGAUGAUGGGCUUUUGGGGAGACAGCUUUUGGCGUUGCAGCUCCUGGACAGCGAUAUGGGGUUUCCUGAGGGUUUGUUGCUCGGCGACGCCAAUGAGCAGCCGGCCGGGCAGGAGGUGUUUGCGGGCGCCGAAGGCGUGAAGCCGAUCGAGAUAUCAUUGGAUUUUGAGAAAAAUGUGGAGAAUUUGGGUCUGGCAGACAGUUUUAGUAAUUGUUCUCCAACGGAGCUGGGCAAUCCUGCAGUGGAGUCGAAAGUGUCGUUUCGCAUUGCCAAGCGCAUCAGCGAGCUGGAAAGGCUACCAGCGAAUCUGGCGAGUUAUUCACUGGAGGAUUCGCUGGACUUUGUGACGAAGGACGACAUACCCUCUCGGGUCGACGAGGCCAAGAUUAGAGCGCUGAUAGAGUUGAAAGGGUUGAAGCUUCUGACGAAGCAGAAAUCACUAAGACAGAAGCUCAUCACGAGUGUCACUAGUCAGGCUCAUCAUACUAUUCCAUACUUGCGCGACUCUCCGUUUACCGUUGCGGCGCAACGGUCUGUUCAAGUGAGGAGCAAGGUCAUCGUCCCUCAAACAGUGAGACUAGCAGAGGAACUAGAGAGACAACAGCUGCUGGAAAAACGUAAAAAGGAGAGGAAUUUGCACUUGAAGAAAGUCAACCGGAUCGUGGAUCUUGUUAAGGAAAGGCAGCUAGAAACGUGGUCUCACUGGGAUCGCUGUUUGCAAUUUGGUAGACUAGGACAGGUUGCCCACAAUCAGAUAGAGAAAGAAGAACAGAAGAGGAUGGAACGUACCGCAAAGCAGCGUUUAGCCGCGUUGAAGUCCAACGAUGAGGAGGCUUAUUUGAAGCUGCUUGAUCAAACGAAGGACACUAGAAUCACCCAGCUGCUGAGGCAGACUAAUAGUUUCUUGGAUUCCUUGGCUCAGGCUGUGAAAGUGCAACAAAACGAGGCAAAGAUCCUGCGUGGUGAGGAAGUUCAACCUAUGACCGAUGAAGAACGGGAGAAGGUCGACUACUAUGAGGUGGCUCAUAGGGUUAAGGAAAAGGUGACCAAGCAACCUUCCAUUCUGGUUGGAGGGACCUUGAAAGAAUACCAACUACGUGGUUUGGAGUGGAUGGUAUCAUUGUACAAUAAUCAUUUGAAUGGUAUCUUAGCAGAUGAGAUGGGUCUGGGGAAGACCAUUCAAUCCAUUUCUUUGAUCACAUACCUUCAUGAAGUCAAGAAGGAACAAGGGCCAUUCUUGGUCAUAGUUCCAUUGUCAACGAUCACAAACUGGACUCUGGAGUUCGAGAAGUGGGCACCCAGCCUGAACACCAUUAUAUAUAAGGGUACUCCGAAUCAAAGGCGUUCGCUUCAAUUUCAAGUGAGAUCAGGGAAUUUCGAUGUUCUAUUAACGACUUAUGAAUACAUUAUAAAGGACCGUUCCGUAUUGGCCAAGCCCGAUUGGGCACACAUGAUAAUUGACGAAGGUCACAGAAUGAAGAAUGCUCAGUCUAAGUUAUCCCACACCAUCACGCACUACUAUCAUACCAGGAAUAGAUUAAUAUUGACAGGUACUCCGCUUCAAAAUAAUUUACCGGAAUUAUGGGCACUACUGAAUUUCGUUUUGCCCAAGAUUUUCAAUUCCGCCAAAACUUUCGAAGACUGGUUCAAUACACCAUUUGCAAACACUGGCACACAGGAGAAACUUGAACUGACAGAAGAAGAGACGUUGCUUAUCAUUAGGAGACUGCACAAGGUUCUAAGACCCUUCUUACUACGUCGUUUGAAGAAAGAAGUGGAAAAAGACUUGCCAGACAAAGUUGAGAAAGUUAUCAAAUGUAAACUAUCUGGAUUGCAACACCAAUUAUAUCAGCAAAUGCUUAAGCACAAUGCAUUGUUUGUUGGCGCUGGAACUGAGGGAGCCACAAAGGGAGGUAUUAAGGGCCUCAACAAUAAAAUCAUGCAACUUAGAAAGAUUUGUAACCACCCUUUUGUCUUUGACGAAGUGGAGGGAGUGAUCAAUCCAACCAGAGGCAACAGUCCGCUUCUUUAUCGUGUCGCUGGUAAAUUCGAGCUGUUAGAUCGUGUACUGCCUAAGUUUAGAGCGACCGGUCACAGGGUUUUGAUGUUUUUCCAGAUGACACAAGUGAUGGACAUCAUGGAAGAUUUCCUGAGAAUGAAGAAUUUGAAAUAUAUGAGGCUGGAUGGUGCCACUAAAACGGAGGAUAGGACGGAUAUGUUGAAGAAAUUCAAUGCUCCCAACUCUGAGUAUUUCUGCUUCUUGUUGUCAACAAGAGCUGGUGGUCUUGGUCUAAAUUUACAGUCUGCUGACACAGUCAUUAUUUUCGACACAGAUUGGAACCCUCACCAGGAUUUGCAAGCACAGGAUAGAGCACACAGAAUUGGCCAAAAGAACGAAGUGCGCAUCCUCAGGUUGAUUACAACCGACACGGUUGAGGAAGUGAUCUUAGAGAGGGCUAUGCAAAAAUUAGACAUUGAUGGCAAGGUUAUUCAAGCAGGUAAAUUCGACAAUAAGUCCACGGCGGAAGAGCAGGAGGCGUUUUUAAGAAGACUGAUCGAAAGUGAGAGUAGCAAAGAUGAUGAGGACAAAGCCGAGCUGGAUGAUGAUGAACUAAAUGAAAUCUUGGCGCGUAGCGAGGAUGAAAAGAAGCUGUUUGAUCAGAUGGAUCAAGAAAGAAUUCAAUUAGAGAAAAAAGAAGCGAAAGCUGCUGGUCACAAGACACCAUUGCCGAGACUAAUCGAGCUCCCCGAAUUGCCCGAGGUGUUUACAGAGGAUAUCUCGACUCACCUGCAACCAGAGCCGGUUGCUGUCGGAAGGAUCAGGGAGAGAAAAAAAGUUUACUACGAUGAUGGCUUGACCGAGGAACAAUUUUUGCAGGCUGUGGAAGACGAAAGCAGCACACUAGAAGAAGCCAUCCAAAGGAGACGUGACGCUCGCGUAAAGAGGCAGAGAAUACCGACUUCUGGAGAUGAAAUUGACACGCUCGAGACCACACCGGAGCCUGACGUGAAAGAACCGCUCGACGGAGAACUGCCAGCUGCGGAGCCCUCCGAUGCGACAGCGGAGCCGAAGAGGAGGUCUAGAAAUAAACGAAAGAGAAAUAGUCCUGCGAUCGAUGGGGACGGACAUAUAGAAGACGCCUAUAUGGAAGAUAAGAUAGACGCCGAGCCGAAUCAACGAGAGAAGAAGAAACCCAAGUUAAAGAUUAAGCUAACACUUAAGAACGAAGAUCAGCCGCCUCCAGAUGAAGCGGGAGUUGAUGGUCCUGCUUCGAAGAAGACAAGCAAAAGUAAGUCGUCCAAAGCGAAGAAGGCUAAGAAACCACAGAAUAAUCUUCUCCCCUUGAUAGAGGACCUGCUAGGCCAAAUGCGUGAGCAAAUUGAAGAAAGCGACGGCCAUCCUCUCACGACCAUCUUCGAGAAACUACCGUCUAAACGUGAUUAUCCUGACUACUUCACAUUGAUCAAGCAACCGAUCGCGCUUGACAUUAUCAUGAGGAACGCCAAGAAGGGCCAAUAUGCGGCACUCGAAGACGUUAAGAAGGACUUACAAGUGAUGUAUGACAACGCGAGAUUCUACAAUGAAGAAGGUUCCUGGGUUUACAACGACGCUGAUAAGCUGAACGAGUUCACCGACCAAUGGUUCAAGGAUAAAUAA